CUUCUUUGCCCCAUCAAGAGUUGCUUCUCAGGUGGAAGAAGGGUGUGGCCCCAAGUUUUUACCUGGGAGCAAUGAUGAUCUUGUCGAGCAAUGAUGAUCUUGUCAAGCAUUUCAGCGAGACCAGCCCAAGUUUUUAGGGUGGGGAUCCAGACUGGUUAUACGUACCUUCAGUACUUCUCCCAGAGGAAGGCAGAAACACCUCAAAGCCUGCAUGUAAGAACAUCUACUGAGAAAUUAUUUUAAUCAGACACCAGCUGAGUGGGAGAAAGAAAAAGAACAGAGAACAAACAAAACUCCCUUGGUCUUGGAUGUAAGAGAAUCCAGCAGAGAUGGACUGGAGUUUCUUCAGAAUAGCUGCAGUGCUGUUCAUUUUUCUGGUGGUGGUAGAAGUUAACAGUGAAUUCCGAGUCCAGGUAAGAGAUUAUAACACUAAAAAUGGCACCAUCAAGUGGCAUUCAAUCCGAAGGCAGAAACGUGAAUGGAUCAAGUUCGCGGCGGCCUGUCGUGAAGGUGAAGACAACUCAAAGAGAAACCCAAUCGCCAAAAUUCACUCAGAUUGUGCUGCAAACCAGCAAGUUACCUACCGCAUCUCUGGAGUAGGAAUUGAUCAACCACCAUAUGGAAUCUUUGUCAUUAAUCAAAAAACUGGUGAAAUUAAUAUAACAUCCAUAGUUGAUCGAGAGGUCACUCCUUUCUUCAUUAUCUACUGCCGAGCUCUGAACUCAAUGGGCCAAGAUUUAGAGAGGCCUCUAGAGCUCAGAGUCCGGGUUUUGGAUAUAAAUGACAACCCUCCAGUAUUUUCAAUGUCUACAUUUGUAGGACAAAUAGAAGAAAAUUCUAAUGCAAAUACGCUGGUGAUGAUACUCAAUGCUACUGAUGCAGAUGAACCAAACAAUUUGAACUCAAAAAUAGCCUUCAAGAUUAUAAGACAAGAACCCUCAGAUGCACCAAUGUUUAUUAUCAACAGAUAUACUGGAGAAAUUCGAACAAUGAAUAAUUUUCUAGACAGAGAGCAAUACGGCCAGUAUUCUCUUGCUGUAAGAGGCUCUGACAGAGAUGGUGGGGCAGAUGGCAUGUCAGCAGAGUGUGAGUGCAACAUUAAAAUCCUCGAUGUCAAUGACAACAUCCCUUACAUGGAUCUGCCUCAAAAUUCCAUAGAAAUUGAAGAAAAUACUCUAUAUACAAAUUUGAUGCAGCUUACAGUAAUUGACUUGGAUGAAGAGUUCUCAGCUAACUGGAUGGCAGUAAUUUUCUUUAUCUCUGGAAAUGAAGGAAAUUGGUUUGACAUAGAAAUGAAUGAAAGAACAAAUGUGGGAAUUUUAAAGGUUGUUAAGCCCUUAGAUUAUGAAGCUGUGAAGAAUCUGCAACUCAGUAUUGGCGUCAGAAACAAAGCUGAAUUUCAUCAUUCAAUUAUGUCUCAAUAUAAACUGACAGCAACUGCAGUUUCUGUGACUGUGAGAAAUCAACGUGAAGGCUCAGUGUUUCGUCCUGGUUCAAAGACAUAUAUAGUAACUGGUAACAUGGGAGCAAACUCUAACGUGGGAGACUUUAUAGCUACGGACCAGGACACAGGUGAACGUUCAACAACUGCUAGAUAUGUAAUGGGAAAUAAUCCAGCUGACCUGCUAGCUGUUGACUCAAGAACAGGCAUAAUCACUUUGAAAAAUAAAAUUACCAAGGAACAAUAUAAUAUGCUUGGGGGAAAAUACCAAGGAACAAUUCUCGCUAUAGAUGAUGAUCUUCAAAGAACUUGCACUGGUACAAUAAAUAUUAACAUGCAAGAUUUUGAUUUCAACGGUGGUGAUACUACUACAGAUACGGAGAGUAAUACAAAUGACAAUACAGAUACGAACACUGGGAGUAGUACCAAUAAUAGCAGAGAAGAAACUUCCACUCAGCAAGGUACCAGCACAAAUGUGGAAGGAAACUCUAACAGUGAAUCUUCUUCAUCAGUUUUCGCAGACAAUGUACAUUUUGGUCCUGCUGGCAUUGGACUACUCAUCAUGGGAUUCUUGGUCUUAGGAUUGGUCCCAUUUUUGAUGAUCUGUUGUGAUUGUGACGGUGCUGCUGCUCGUAGUGUAGGCGGCUUUGAGCCUGUUCCCGAAUGUUCAGAUGGCGCAAUGCAUGUAUGGUCAGAAGAAGGACCACAGUUCGAUCCUUCAAACACUGUCUGCGUACCAACAAUAUCUGGUGGUGCAAAUCUGAUUGAAUUCGUUGACAACUCAGGAGUUUAUACAAAUGAGUAUGGUGGCAGAGAAAUGCACGAUAUGGGAGGAGGAGGGAGAGUUGAACAAAGAGAGGAAGUUAACACAUCAGGAAUGCCUGAGACAUGUCAAGAAUACUGUGGAACAUUAAGAAGAAAUUCUAUGAGGGAAUGUAGAGAAGGAGGUCUGAAUAUGAAUUUCAUGGAAAGCUACUUCUGUCAGAAAGCAUAUGCUUAUGCAGAUGAAGAUGAAGGACGCCCAUCCAAUGACUGUUUGCUCAUAUAUGACAUCGAAGGUGUAGGUUCCCCUGCUGGUUCUGUGGGUUGUUGUAGCUUCAUUGGAGAAGACCUGGACGACAGCUUCUUGGAUACACUGGGGCCUAAAUUUAAGAAGUUGGCAGACAUCAGCCUGGGAAAAGAAAUUGAGUCAUAUCCAGACCCUGAUCCUUCUUGGCCACCCCAAAGCACUGAACCAGUUUGCCCUCUUCAGGAAACAGAGCCCAUUGUUAGUGGACACCCACCCAUCUCCCCACAUUUUGGCGCUACCACAGUAAUUUCUGAGAGCACCUAUCCCUCGGGACCUGGUGUACAGCAUCCUAAGCCUAUUCCCGAUCCUCUGGGCUAUGGUAAUGUCACUGUGACUGAGUCUUACGCCACCUCUGACACUCUGAAGCCCUCUGUGCAUGUUCACGAUAACCGACAAGCAUCAAACGUGGUGGUAACAGAGAGAGUGGUCGGCCCGAUCUCUGGUGUUGAUUUGCAUGGAAUGUUAGAGAUGCCUGACCUGCGAGAUGCGUCAAAUGUUAUAGUGACAGAAAGGGUAAUAGCACCAAGUUCUAGUCUACCCACCUCUCUGACUCUCCAUCAUCCUAGAGAGUCUUCAAAUGUGGUAGUGACAGAAAGAGUAAUCCAACCAACUUCCGGCAUGAUAGGUAGUCUGAGUAUGCACCCUGAGUUAGCCAAUGCCCACAAUGUGAUUGUCACAGAGAGGGUUGUUUCUGGCACUGGUGUAACUGGAAUCAGUGGCACCAGUGGGAUAAGUGGUGGCAUAGGGAGCAGUGGCCUGGUUGGCACCAGCAUGGGUGCUGGGGGCGGGGCCCUGAGUGGAGCUGGCAUAAGUGGUAGUGGCAUGGGCCUGAGCAGCUUGGGAGGGACAGCCACCAUUGGCCACAUGAGGAGCUCCUCUGACCAUCACUUUAACCAAACCAUUGGGUCUGCUUCCCCUAGCACAGCUCGAAGUCGAAUCACAAAGUACAGUACCGUGCAAUAUAGCAAGUAGUCAGGAUCCCAGCUCACUUUUUCGUAGUCAUUGUGAUUCAGAUCCAAUUCCCACCACCCAAAAACUAGCAAUGUGAUUUGUGAUGCACCACUUGGUGCUCAGAUCAUUGAGGACCAAGGUGAGAAACCACAAUGAGAAAAAUAAAUGGAAACAUUGCUACUAGGGAGAGCUCUCCUUAGCGUUUAUAAACUUUUUUGUUAUGUUAGGACUAAGGAACUAAAACUUGAGGCAGAGUCUUCUUUGGGCUUUUGUGGCCUGUAGUGUAUCUCCAGCCUGUAACUGGCCUUAUUACAGCAGUUGGCAUAAUUCUCCUUGCUCUGUUUUGCUUUGCCACAUAGCUUGGGCAAAAUUCGAAAAGAACUAAACAUGCAAAUGUGUUCAUGUCUGUGGGAAAAUCUAAAAUGUGUGCCAGGCACCCUGUCGGUUUCACAGAUAGCAUAAAUAAAAAUUCAACCACAGAUUUAUACAAGGGUUAACCAAUUUUUAUUUAAGUUUGGCAACAUAGCCAAGUCCACAGGCCAUCAAGCACUCCUACCUUAAUUACUGCACUAGAUAAAAUAAAUUUUAAAUUAGGAAAUAUUUUCUAGGAGGAAAAGUCCAUUAGAGAGUGGCAAUAGAAUGAGGUUUGUGCAGGGUAAACUAACAAUGCCUGACUCUGAAUCUUAAUUUGGGGCCUCAGUUAAAUCUCCUGCAGAGUCAAGGACUCUUCUGAUUCCAGUUUGUGUUUAGUGAUAGAUGUAAUCUUGAUGAAUAUUGCUUACUGGUGAAGUUGAGGAAUAUCACACUCGGCUUUUCUUUUACCACUGUGGUUUUGAUGUAAGAAAGCAAAAUUUGCUAAGUUAACUUCUCAAAUUGAAGCAAAUGAGGCCCAACAUGGUUGUCAUCACUAGUGGUAAAUGACCUUACAAGUAAGCAGAUGGGAACUGAAUUGUGUUUUCAGGUUUUGUUUUUAGUAUGUGAUAUUCAUUCAUAUCCAGCUCUUUAUUACAUAGCUCCAAUGUUAAAAUGAUUUACAUAGGCUGAGCUGUGGACAAAAUUGAAGAAGGAAAGAAGCUUGCAGUAGGCCUAAGCUUUGGGGAAAUUUUUUAAGGGGAUCUAAAAAAACGUUUUUAGAACAUGUAAAAUGUUUAAUGGGGAAAGUUAGAAAAGAAUUCUUUUGUAAAGUAAUACCAUGCUAAUUAUUGGCUUUUAGUACGUAAAGCCAUGGUUGCUUUAGCAAACCUCUGCUACCAUUUUGCGGGAGUCAACCAGGAACCUUGCACAGAGUUGACAACAUUGUGUUGACCAGAAUGAAAUGAAGAUAACCUAUUCCACUAGUUUAUCUCACCCCCUAAUUUUUCUCACUGGCAUAAAUUUUAAAUUCCUGAUUUGAUUUGUCAAUAAGAUCUUGGCUUACAUAUGCUCUGAUUUAUAGGUAGCAUCCAAAUUAUAUAGUAUAACCUAUUUUUCUAGCUUCAAAAUUUAGUAAUGCCCUAUUGAUGAAAUACCAUGUCUGUAUGUUUGCUAUAUAGUGUUAUCUGAUUAAAAAUCUCUAAAAAGAAUCCAAGCAUUCUAAGAAAAAGGUAAAUUUACUAUUGCAUGGUAGAGAAAUUUUUUCUUUCUUAAAUACAAUGUUACUAUAAGCUCACUAAACUGAAACUCUAUAUGACAAAAUAAAAUUAGAAAAAAAAAUUUGCCCUGGAGUUGUGAAUUAUAUACAACUUUUAAAGAAUUUACCCCAAUUACUCAAAAUUCCCAGGAAAUUACAAGGCCAAAGAAUAGUUAUUUGACUUCCUACACUGGUACGAAGGGGACAGGAGUGAAUUAACAUAGAGCUAUUUUGCUCUGAAUAAUAGCAGGUAAGGCUAAUAUUUUUAAAGCUACAGUAUACAUCUUCUUUUAACUCUGUAGAAUAUGUAAGAUUUUGAUAGUCUGUAGUAUGCCAAAAUGCAGAAAUAUAAAUAAAAUCAUUCAAAGGGAGUCCUUUCUUUUUCUACCACUUAGGGGGCUACAUUAAGGAUGGGUAAUCUUUCCAGAAAUAAAGUCAAAAGGUAGUUAUUAAAAUAUACUUGAGUAUGCCUGGGUCCAGUUGUAAAGAAUAGAAAAAAUUAUUAAUGAAUUAAUUAAGUACUUUAUUAAAGGAAAUGAUAUCUGACCACAGGAAACUUGUUUGUUGUUUUGAUAUGAAAUAUCCUCACCACAGGCCUUUUCUUAAAACACCUGAUAGCUUCCAGAGAUAUUUUUUAGGUUGUCUCGCAAACAACAAAAUAACUGUCUUUAAUAACUAUUGCUGUUAAGAUGUGCAGGUAGUUAAGAUUCCCCCAAUUUAGUUACAUUUGAACUCCUAAACACUGUUAAACAAUGCAAAAAACAAGAAAAAAAAUGGCAGUAUUAGUCAUCUAUCUUUCUAGGAAGAUACUUUCUAACUGAAUUUUUCUUCCAGAAUUGCACAUUCAUGGGAAAACAAGAAAAAUAGAAGUAUUAAUCAUCUAUCUUUCUGGGAAGAUACUUUCCAACCAUUUUUUUCCUUCCAGGAUUGAACAUUGAUGUUUUUAGUCCUAAAUUUGAAAAUUACCUUUUUAAGCCAUCAGCCAUUUUAGUAAUUAUUUAAAGGCAUGUCUCAAGCUUUGGGCAGAACUUCAUUCUUCUUUUUAGAUGUUUACUCUAAAUCAUAUAUAUCAUGUCAUAGACCAAGGAGAGAUAUGCAAAUCAUUUUAUAAGUGAUUGCUAUGAUUAGGAUUCAAGCUGAGUUUCAGAUCAACUUGUUCUUAACAAAAAGAAGACGAAAGAGAUAGUAAUUUAAUGUUAUGUAUAUAUGGUUUGAAAACAAAUCAUGUUUAUAAAAUAUCUAUCUGACUUUCUAGGGAGGUAGUCUUUAGGGGCAAAAAUUAGUGCAUUAUAAAUACUUUAUCAUUUAAUAUCAACCAAAAUACCAUCUCAAGCUAAUUCAGACACUGAAUUCCAGACAUACCUGCUAGGUAUUAUUUAUUUCUAAGCAUGUUGCCUGAUGUGAUUGCAUUUGCACUGAAAAAUUAAAAGAAAACAUAUAUAUUAUGAGUUAUUUAUAUAUCUUCAUCUAGACAUCUGUUCUAUAUUCGUGUAUAAAGUUUUUAGCAUCAUAAUUUUUAUUCAAGAAAAUGUUCUGAUGAAAUUUUAAUUAUAUGUCCUCAAAUUUUACAUUUUUACUCUAGUAAAUAGAUGUUUUUAGUUAUCUAUGCAAUUUAUUUCUGAAUUCAUACCAAUAUUUGAUUGUCAUGGUACAAAAUAUAUGAUACCCUUUGACUUUUGCUGGAGUUUAAAGGUUUUAUAAUCUUUAGCAUAAAUGCUUAUGACUGUUUUGGAAAGACAUUUAAAACCCAAAACAAACUUUUGAAAGUAUUUGCCACAUUUUCCCAUGCCUAUUUCAUAAAUUCCAACUUUUUUGAUGAUUUUUGGUAUUUUUAAGAUCCAUUGCACAUUGCACUAGAACACUGCAGUCCACAGUAGACUGCAACUCUCCAUGAAAUCAAAUCUGUCUUUCACUUCCAGAUUAUUCCACUAAGUUAGGACAAAACUUGAACAGAUCAACCUAUUAGCUAUCCAUCAGAUAACUUUAAAACAAUGUAUAAUCUUCUUUAAUUUUCUACAUUCUCUCCCCAAUUUAGCUGUAUUUGACUUACUAGACACUUGAUCAUCAAACUGAACCUAGUCUAACUUAUUUUUCUUUUGCUGUCUGUUUUACAAGCUUUUUAAAUAUUGAUCUCUGGUGGUGUUUAAAACAAGGUACUCUUCUUCAAGUUUCAAUAUAAGUUUUUGGAUCAUUUGGGUUCUAGUUUCUUGCUUGGUCAUCUGUUGGUUUUUUUAAGUUGAUUUGUAAUUCCCAAAGAGUUAUGCAUACAGCAAUAAAAUGAUUAAUAUGCCUCCCUUUUCUGAAUUGUGAGCAAGGGGGAGGUUUUAGACUGUAAGAAAUAAUUUCAAGUUAUCAAAUCUAGUUAUUAUUAUCAUCCUGUAUUGGAGGAGAUAUCAUUCUUUUAUUUUCACAAUGUUAAAAUAUGUUUUCAUUCUCCAUUUCUUAGAUAUCUUUUUUAAUGUGUACUGAGGAAGCUACUCUCUGGACCACUACUUACAGAUGCUAGAGCCCAGGCUUGACCAGGUGGUUAGCCCCACACGAAUGAACAGAUGAUAAAAAGUUUGCAUUUUUAGUUUUUAUUUGAUACUUGUAGCCUCUUUAUACUUUUACCUUUCUUUCUUUCAUACUCUGCAUUUUUUAUUUUUCCCUAUACCCUCAUUUUAUUUAUUUUAAAAUGUAUUUUCUUCUUUUUUGCCUUUAAAAUCAUACCCUUUCAUCUUCACUGGGAUGCAUCUCCUUCUGUUCUCCAAUGCCACUUCCAGACUAUUAUCAACUUCAUCUUGCACAAAAUCUUACCUCUUUCAGACUCAUAUGAUCCCUUCCCUCUCUUCUGUUUUUCAUAAUGUCUCUACUUUUAAUGAAGACUCCAAUAUCCUGGCCUAAACUCUUUUGUGACUUUCCCAACUUCUGAGAGUGUUCAUAGUAACUUAAACAUCCAAAUCGAUGAACCAACCAAGACCCAGAUUCUCAUUUCUAUACCUCCAUUUCUCCCCUCCACUCAGCUGCCAUUUUCUUGUCAUAACCUGGCAUUCUGCUACCUUGAAUGCCUCUGUUUCUGUCCCUGCAGGCUUUGACCAUUUCCGUCUCAUCUUUAAUUGGUUCACAUUAUUGUCAUUCCCCACACCAUCAAAGCUUCAAUGUGUUCCCUGUCAGCUUCACCUGUCUGUCUAAUCUAGCUUCAGGAGUCCAACUAGAGUCACCUCUUUGUCAAUGCAUUCAACCUCCUUGUCCUGCCCCCUCUCUCUCUCUCACCCCAGAACUUUUGCCUUCCAUCCCUAUCUGCACACAAACAGCUAAACAAAUUAUCCAAGUGAACUGACUUUUAAAUAUUAAGCACUCAAUCUCAAAGCUCACCAUAAUAUUAGAUACUUCUCAGGAAUCCUAUCUGCUUCUCUUAUAGAUGUCCCAUCUCAUCAUACUAGAUUGCUACUGUGCAUCUUCUCUGUUCUCAAACCUCCCACAAGCCCUCUUCCUUUCUCAUUCUUUGUGGAUGGUCUAAUCCUAUUGUUCAUUGAGCAAAACAAAAGUCAUCCAUUUUGAAUGCAUUCAUCUUCCUCUGCCAAACCUCCAUAUCUACCUGCACUCACACCCAUCUUCUCCUCCUUCCCAUGGGCUUAUUCCAUAGAGUUUGUGGCCUACUCAUAUGAAAACACAGUCCUCCAGUUCUGCUCAAAUCAAGGACUUUGCUUCUUCCCUAAUAGUCUCUUUCCUAUUCUUUUUCCUCUCUCUCUCUCUCUUUCUGUUUCCUCUCCUUCUCUCUUCUCUCUCUUUCUUUCUCUUUUCUGUGUCUUUCUCCCAUCUUUCCUGUCUCUCCACUCUCUCUUUUUAUCUCCUCUAUCUCUCAGUCUCUUUCUAUGUCCUCUAUCUACUCUCUCUCUCUUCUCUCUUCCUUCCCUUCCCUCUCUCUCCCCAGAACAUUUCCAUCUGCACCCCUCCUUGUGGCUAAUGCCUCAUUUGUUUGCUUGUUUUGUUAGUCUUCUUGAGGUUUAUGUACAGAUGCUGCCUUGUCUUUUUCAUGUCCCAUCAGACUUCAAAGUCCUCCUAUCUGUUUGUCAUAAUGGUCCUUACCAAGCGUGCCUAAGAUCUAUGCAUUGCAAGCACAAGGCCUACUUUUCUGCUCUCCCUCUUUCUUAAUCUCUGGGAAAAAGUCUUUAAAAAGGAACACUCUCUCUUCCUUGAAAAACUCUUGUGUCUUGGCUUGUGUAACACCAUUCUCUCCUGAUAUCUCCUGUAUUUCAUCAGCCAGUCUCACUCAUUCUUUUUCCCUUUUUACUCAUUUAUUCAAUCCAAAGUUUGGUCCCCAGCCCUCUUCUCUUAACACUUUACACCAACUCUAUGAGACCUCAUCAAGAUCCGUUUUUAUAUGUUCAAAAUUAAACUUAUAAUUUUACCUCCAGAGUUUCCCCAUUCCAAUAAUUAUUACCCCAUGUACCCAUUACUCAAGCCAGAAACUACUUUUUCUCCUCUCACUACCCACAUUUUAUUCAUUAGAAAGUUCUGUUUAUUUUAUAACCAAAAUAUAUAUUGACCCAUUUAGUAGUUUGUGUUAUUCCAUUAUGAAACUGCUAUGAAGAUACUAUCUAAGACUGGUUUAUUUAGAAAAGAAAGAGGUUUAACUGACUCACAGUUUUGCAUGGUGAGGAAGGCCUCAGGAAACUUACAAUCAUGGUGGAAGGCAAAGGGGAAGCAGGGACCUUCUUCACAUGGCAGCAGGAGAGAGAAGUGCAAGCAGGGGAAAGGCCAGAUGCUAAUAAAACCAUCAGUUGUCAUGAGAACUCAUUCACUAUCAUGAGAGCAGCAUGGGGGAAACUGCCCCCAUAAUCCAAUCACUUCUUUCUUUUGACACAUGGGGAUUAUAAUACAAGAUGCGAUUUGGGUGGGGACACAGAGCCAAAUCAUUUAAUAGUUUUAAUCCUUAUCUGUCACUACCCUAAUGGCAACUGCUUCCACAUCAGCCUUCUUCAAACAAUUUUCCAUAGAUGAACCUAUGUGACCUUCUAAAAUAUUAAUCAAGUUGAGUCAACCCCCCAUUUUAAAUUUUUCAAUGGAUUUCCAGUAAAUGUUCCAGAAAAGCCUGCAGGGAGCUGCCUGAUGUAUCAUUGAUCCACAGUGGAUGACAGUAACUUGCACUAUGGUUGUUGUCAUGGAAAAGUUGAAAAGAAAUGAAUUAAGAAUGUUUUGGGUUUUGCAAAUGAUAUUCACUCUGCAUGAACCAUUUGCCUCCUCACUUUUAUAUGGCAUUAUCCUUUCAUCCUUCAGGUAGCAAUUAAAAUAUUAUUUCUUUA